AUGCAAAUAUCGCCAUCUAUUAUAUCCACAGUGGAAGAAACAGAAAUUAUAACAGAAAAAAAAGUGAAUUUAAUUAAAAAUGAACCUGACAAUUUCCAUAUAUGGAAUAAAAACAGUACAGAAAAUAUAUUUGCAGGGUUUAAUAGUGCACAGACCAAGAAAAGGUCUGUAAUUAGGCCAGUUAUGCUGUGUGUUAAGUAUAAUAAUGAAUUAGUCUAUGACAUAUCAGAUACCUCAGAUAAUGAAUUUAUUAUUAUAGAUGAAAAUAUGCCCGUGUCAUUCAAUGAGCUUACAUCAGCAGUAAAGGAGAGUAUGAGAAUAGAAAAAGUCGUUAUACAAAUACUUGAAAAAAAUGAAAAUCUGUUAAAAAGUAAAAUUUUUAUAACGACAAAAGAUAAAAAUUUUUAUAUCAGUAAAAAAAGACUUCUUGGUGAGAUACUUAAAACACAACGGAAAAUAGAAAGAAUACGGCCAUUAAUAAUGCUUUCUGUGCAAUUACCACUUGAAAAUCAGAUCAAGAAAUUAUGCACGCUUAAAGUAAUAGCAGAUAAAAUGUACUCAGAUGAACCAAGUAUAUUUAUUACUACAUAAA